CUCCCUUUUCAAGUAUUCAAAUUUAAUUCCAUCUUCGCAAAUUUACUCCUUUGUAUAUAUAUACGUAUCUUCUUCUCCUCUAUGAGGAAACUCACAUACUCACUACGCCAAAACUACGUAGGAUUUUUCUAGGGUUUCACUUUCACCUGAUGAUUUUUUCUUUUCUGGCAAUUGGGUUUUGAAUUGACUCCAUGAGGAAGAAGCUCGACACUCGUUUCCCGGCGGCUAGGAUUAAAAAGAUUAUGCAAGCUGAUGAGGAUGUGGGGAAGAUUGCCAUGGCUGUGCCUCUUCUUGUCUCUAAAGCUUUGGAGCUAUUUUUGCAAGAUCUAUGUGACCGGACAUAUGCAAUAACUCUGAAAAGGGGGGCCAAGACCUUGAAUUCAUUGCAUUUGAAGCAGUGUGUACACACAUUUAAUAUCUUUGAUUUUCUGAGGGAAAUUGUUGGCAAGGUUCCUGAUCUAGGAGGUUCUGAUUCUGCUGGGGAUGAUCAUAGUGUUGCUAAAAGAAGGAAAGUUAUUGAUGAUGAAGACAAUGAUUGUGAUGAGGAUUUAAGUAGGAGCAAAAUGCAUGAGACUGCUCACACAAGUGGCAGUGGCAGAGGAAGAGGCAGGGGCAGAGGCAGAGGCAGAGGCAGGGGUCGUGGACGAGGUAGUAGAGCUGUAGAGAGGGAGACAGUUGCACAGUGUGGGAAAUUUGAAGAUGAUGCAGAUAUUAGUCAUCAUGAUGACAAUCACAGUCCAACGAUUGAAAGGCUAGAUAAUGUUGAUGAACCUGAAGCCUUGAAGGAGAAUAUCCUAGCAGCAGGUAAAAGUACGCAAGCCCCAGUUCAUGACUUUGAUCUGAAUGUGGGCUUGGAUGAGAAUGGGGAGUCUAAAACAGUGUUAACUUCUGCCCCCACAAGCUUGACAGCAAAACCUACUCCUGUAACGAAGCAUGAAGAAUUGCCUGGCUGGUCACUUGCAGACAUAGAAAAGAUGGAUAUCAAUCCCAUUCAUCUAGCCAACAUAGAUAGAAGCAUAGUCGAGGACGUGGAAGAUUAUGAUGAAGAAGGCUGAAACCAACAGGUCUUCCCUGUUUUACGCAGUUGGUUACACCCCAUAGGUUUUUAGUCCUGUUAUUAUGUAGAUGUAGAUCCACAGGUAGGAUUGUUAAGGCUGAUGCUGAUAAUUACUGUAGAAGUGGUAGGACUGAAACAAUUAAUUUAGAUUAGACUGAAAAUGGAAGUUUCAUUUGGCAUUUCCAGAAGCUUGUAAUAUAUUAUUUUUGUAGCAUGAGCUGAUAAUAGUUACAAACGUUAUUGGCUUUGCCAGAUUGCCAGGCAUAAGGAGAUUAAUCAUUCUUGUACCGUCAGGAAGUACAUGGGUAUUGAAGGGUGAAGCAUCUCAAGGAUUUAGCUUCCUUUAAAUUCAAGUAUAUACAAUUUUUCAAAUGUAUUGUUCUGCAUUUGAAUAUAUUCUUUUAGUUGAAGAUUUUAUUCUAAA